AUUUAAUAAGAUACAACCAUAAAAUCUCAUCACAUCUUUAUAUAUAAACAACACAUUGGUGAAACUCUUUCGUUACAACAACCAAGCAAACAACAACAAAAUCAUCUCUUCACAUCAUCUUCUUGACUUCUCUCUAUUUUAUACAGUUAAGAAAGUAUCAACAAGAUGCAAAUGCUUAGAAGCUUUAGCACGAGGACAAGAAGCCGUCGUGGAGGCUACGAGCGAGUGAGUGAUGAUUCAACUUUCAGUUUACUCGGAGCAAAGCUAAGAAGAUCGACGAGUGUUCCUUACUACGCUCCAUCUAUAAAGCUUGGUGCUGGUGGUGUCCCGACCAUUCUUGAGGAGCUUCCUCGUCAGAAAUCCAAGAAAGUCAAACCAACAAGCAAAUUUAGCCACCCGAUCUUUAGCUUUUUAUACGGAAAGAAGAAGAAGUCGACAACGACGAAGCCUGAGUUUUCUCGGUAUCUUGAGUAUUUGAAGGAAGGUGGAAUGUGGGAUGCGAGAUCUAAUACGCCUGUUAUUUAUUACAAGUAGAUGACGAAUUUAUGGAAAAUGAAAAUCAAGAAAUUGUUUUUCAAAAAAAAUAAAUUAAAUGAGUUUAUAUCUUUUAAUUUGUGAUGAUAUUUGUAUAUUAUAAUUAUCGAUUCAUUUAGUUUUCCUUUAA